CGACGUGCUUUCGUUCCAACACUCACGUCGUCGGAGGGGGCAGGCGAUGCUCAGUACUCUAACGAAGACAAUGUCAUCAUCGCAAACUAACGCUAAACGGAAAGGCGAUUUUAUUGAUAAUCCGCUUGCUGCGAAGAAGGCGAAGAAGGAUGCGGGGAAUAAACGGAAAUUAUUGAAUGGGGAAGAGCAGCCCGGCGGUCUCAUUAUCGUCCGUGCACCUUCUUCCCAACCGCAAAUCGAACGCUCGAAUUCGCAACCACCACCUUCUCAGUCCCAGCCACCAACAAAGAAAUUACGCGCAGACUCUCAGCAACCUACUAACAAACCUAAAUCGAAGGCUGUGAAACCGUCCAGCUCGAAACCCCACCCUCCUACACGUCCCGCGACACCACCACCCGCGACCAAUCGUUCCCGUGACAUCCUUUCAUCUCCUGGGGAUCCUGUUACGAUGGCAUCUGAUGUUCGUGCAAUGGAAAAUGAGAGUGCCUAUCUGCGUAAGAACUCGAAGCCAACGGAGAGCAAGAGGAAAGGGAAGGGGAAGAGCGUUGACAGGACAGAACCACUAGGUGCUUUGGAGACGGACAGCCCGAUAAUUGAACGAAAUAAGGCAAUGCGCGAGGGUGCAAUGGCUGCCAUCAAACAAUAUCAAGGGAGUGACGACGACAAUAGCCGGACUCCCAAUCGACGCAGCUCCAUGGGGCGAGGGAAGCGGGUUAGUGCAAGUUUUGAGGCCAAAGGGAUUAGCCAGCCACAUGCGAGUGUCCAUGAAGGGAGCUUCUUUAAGCAUAUUGAUGUGGAUUUGCCAGACGCAGAGAGGAUGAGGGUGCUGCUCGUUUGGUGCUCCCUGAGAGCAGCAGGCAAAGAAGAAGGACUCAGUCGAGAAGCGGGACGGGUAAUGAAGGUGGCGAAAGAAGAGAUGGUUAGACUGCUUGCGGAACGGCAAGUUGAUGUCAGGACGUCAUCUUCUGGCACCGCAGGAGGAAGCGAGAGUGGGACAGUGGCAGCUACAGUGACGUUGCGGGAGAAUGAGCAGAACAUAAGCAACCGGAGGUUUGAGGUGACCUAUACUGAGCAAAUCCAAAGGGCGCAAGAAGAGGAUGAAUCGUGGAAGAAGGCCAGGAGUUUCUACGAUGCAUUCAUCAGUGCCAAGUCCAAGGGAAAGCAGAAGGAGUCGUCUGGCUCUAGCCAUCCUAGUUUCGUGCUUGCACAACACAUACUCAAUGGUACCAACAGGCCGGAGAUACAGACCCUCCUCCAAGACGUCGAGUUCAAGAUUGACAUGUUAAAUACAUAUCAGAAUGCCGCUCGUGUGACUGCGUCUGUGGCUGAGCGUGCACUUGACGAGCGUUUUGCACAUCUUUCCACCGGCCUCGCCCAACGGUCCAAUUCAAAUCCUGCGGGUCUUUUUGGUGCUCCAAUACGAGAACUGCCCCCACAGGAAUUAUUCAGAGCGUUGUGGGCCGUAGAUCGGGGGCGUCCACCUGCGAUGGUUGGUGAUGCAGCGAGAAGAGCGGUUCGGGAGGUGCAGAGAGUUGAGGAGAGAGGCGGUGGCGUUAGUGAGCGAAGGCUGACCGGCGUCCCACCACCUACGCCGCGAACGCCGAAGAGAGGGAGCACACCAGGGAGGACAUGAGUUAUUCAAUCCGUUAUAAUUGUUUUCUUUUCAUACUUCACAUUUUAUACUUCGAUAUCGAUUUGA